AUGGACUUCUCCGAUUCAACGACCCGAUAUGCAGCAGUCAUCUCCGUCGUCGCGCUCCUGGCCGCUUUCCUCCUUCUACAGCCCACAGGAUUGGUGAAGUGGCUGCAAAAGAAGAAUUACCAAUAUGAAGUGACAUUCGCCCUCUACAUGUUGACGCCCACCGAGAAGUUCAUCUUUAACUCCGUCCUCUUUCUCACCGUCUCAAUGCUCCUCAUAGCCACAAUUCUCUACCUCCCAAACCACAUCAUGACCAUCUCGCGACGGACGUACUACUACUUCGCCGGCGACGCGACAAACUCUACCUCGCGACAAGCAGCGGAGACCGCUUCGAAAGCGGGAACCGCAGUCCUGGACGCUGCGACAACAUGGGCGCAGACUGCAUAUCAGGCAGCUAUAAAUAAGACUGCGGCUGCAGCGCAGGAGGUCGCGAGUGAAGCUGCUACGGCCCCACUUGUGAACUGA